UACUGAGUGAGCUGUGAUUAGUCACAGCUUGUCACAUGAUACAAGGCUGUUGUGAAUAGCCUUGUACCAUGUGACCUCUGUGAUUAUUCACAGAUUUGACACGUAGUAAGCAAUGACAAGUGACAUCUUGCUUACUACUCUGUAUGUGAUCACUGAUUAGCCAAUCAGUGAUCACAUGAUCAGGACCUCGUACAGAGGGAGCGCGCACAAGCAGGGUGCGGGGAGGCCGUUUAUAAAUGGCCACCCGACUCUGCACUGCCACCGUCCGGCCGUUUAUAAACAACGGCCAGAAGGGAGGUGGUUA